AUGGAACUUUCCGCGGAGAAUCAGGCGGAGCUGGUCUCAGCCAGGGAGCAAGCGAUCCUCCUCCAAGGCCUCAUGGGAGCCCGACCUGGUGCAGUUCUUGGGGCGGUCAACACCUCGGCGCCCAUGACAGCAGCCCCCUCCGAUGCAGCAGCCUCCUCGGUGCCGUCGACGGAAGGCACUCCUACUCCCAUGGACACACAGGCCAGGGAGGGCAAGCGCGGCAACGACUGGGACUCGGGCAAAGGAGCGGACAAGUACCGCCGGUCGGCUCAGGUGAAAGGCGGGGGAUAUGGUUCUGGCUGGGGAAACAAAAGACAGAACGAGUGGUGGAAGAAAGCCAAGAACGACUUCGACGAGGAGAACAAGAGGGAGAAGGAAGUGGAGGAGAUCCGGAACCUCUGCGUGAGCCUCUCCCGAUUGGUCCUGAGGCACGACGACCAGCAGGCCAUAGAUCGUACGGAGAAAGGCUUCAUCCUGUUUUGCCAAACGAAUGGGAUGCUGUCGGUGAUACCGGACAUGGUUCGGUGCAUCGAGGCGUGGACCAAGAUGAAGGAGGACAACCCCACGGGCCUCACCUUGCCAAGACGGGCUGCAACGCUGAAGCAGCUGCUGGACCUGUGGUUCAUCAGGCUGGAAGUGGUUGCGGAGACGGAGGAGAGCCUCAGCCAAGCCAAGAACAUGCUUAUCUUGAACCAGGCCGGCCAGGUUCCAUACUUGCAGUACAAUCGGCAAACGGAGCAGCUGGAGAUAAAGCCAGACCGCGAGCCCAUGGAGCUCAAGACGGUAUUGGAGACUAUCAAGGAGCUCCAGGACCUGGUGCUCCUGCCGAACACCACGCUCCGCUUCCAUGCCGCCCGAAAGCUGACGUCGCAGCCCAAGGGAGAUAUUGUUCCGAUGAUGCUGGAGAUAGGGGUCAGAACCCGGGAAGCGGAUCGGGCCUGGGAACUAUUGGCUCGCCUAUGUCACAGCGGGGCUUGCAGAGCAGUGGCGAUGAGCCUGCGCCAAGAGCGAGUGGGUCGCUCAGCCUUGGCGAAGCAGGUGCAGCAGAUGGUAGAGGGUUUGUCCGAGCCUUACUCCUAG